GUCGUGUUACUUUUUCUCCUCCUCUUCCAGUCUUGUGAGAAGCAAAAUGAACUAAGGAGCGUGAAGUUGCGACUGUAGCCAGGAAACCCGUAAGAUAAGAGUUUUGUAAAGGCUCAACGAGGCCUCGUGGCUUCUAUCGUUUAACUUUGCUGGUUGUCAUCGAAGAAACGACGGAGAAAUGGCUACAAAAGGGAGAAGUGGCCACACUGUCACGAUGGAAGAGGACGCUGAAAGUUGAGGAUCUGUCAGAGUCACAAAGAUGUGCACUGGCCUUCAUCAUAUUUGCCUGAGCUUCAUCAUCAUUGACGCUAUGUUGAGUUGUUGAGUAACUUUAGUAACUGCGCAGUAAGCCAACACGGUGUGCCUGCAGAUCUCUGAUCAUGUGUUUGUGAUGAUACAUGGGCUGCACUUCCCAUAUCCCAUUCCUAUUGUCUGUAACAAGGACACGUCUUCCUAUUCAGACCCUGUCCUCCUGAACCCACUUCCUUCCCUUUGAGUUUCUGGGCCAUGCUCCGCAAGAGAGGUUCUGUCAUUCUUUGCGGUGCGUUCCUGUUUAUCACCUGGAACGCCAUACUGGUACUUCUGCUGUGGGGCAGACCCCCAGCCGGCCAGCCGGGCGAGCCUGGCCGAGAGCAGGGGGGAGUGGCUGAGGGGCCUACCAAUGAUUUGAUAGGAGAUGUGCUCCAAAUGGCAGACACGUUCGAAGCAGAACUUGAAAUGCAGAAAAAUAUCCUUCUGCAGAUCCAGAAUCAUCAGUCACUGUGGGAGACAUCAAACAGAGGCAGACCAAAGGUUGCUGUUCCUCGUCAGCCUGUCAUUCCUAUCCUGGUAAUCGCUUGUAACAGGGUCACUGUGAGGCGCUGCUUGGACAAACUUCUGCAGCACCGUCCUUCAGCAGAGCUUUACCCAAUCAUAGUGAGUCAGGACUGUGGACACGCUGAGACUGCUGAGGUGAUUCGUUCUUAUGGAGAUCAAGUAACUCAUCUGCAACAGCCGGACUUGUCAGAUAUCGCUGUGCAACCACAGCAUAAGAAGUUUCAGGGUUACUAUAAAAUCUCCAGGCAUUAUCGCUGGGCUCUCAACCAGGUGUUCAAGACCUUUUCUCAUUCCUCUGUUGUGAUUGUGGAGGAUGACCUAGAGGUGGCGCCAGACUUUUUUGAGUAUUUCCGAGCCUUGUUGCCACUCCUGAAAUCUGACCCCACUCUGUGGUGUGUGUCAGCCUGGAAUGACAAUGGCAGAGAUGGCUACGUGGAUCCAGGCAAAGCUAACCUGCUCUACCGGACCGACUUCUUUCCCGGUCUGGGGUGGAUGCUCCUUAAGGAAGUAUGGGAGGAGCUGGAGCCAAAGUGGCCUGCUUCAUUCUGGGAUGACUGGAUUCGCCAGCCAGAACAGCGCCGCAACCGUGCCUGUAUACGCCCAGAGAUCUCACGUACCUUGACCUUUGGCCGGCAAGGUGUGAGCCUGGGUCAGUUUUAUGACAAGUACCUGCGUUACAUUAAACUGAAUAACGAAUUUGUGCCUUUCACCAAGUUAGACCUGAGUUACUUGAAAGAGGAGACAUACAGAGAAGUGUUUGAGAAGGAAGUUUACAGUGCGCCCGUGGUUACAUAUGAAGAUGUUAGGCAGGGGCAGCUAAAAGGACCUGGCCCCUUCCGCCUUCAGUACUCGAGUAAGGACAGUUUCAAAGUGUUGGCCAAAAACCUGGGAAUCAUGGAUGACUUGAAGUCUGGAGUCCCUAGAACAGGAUACAGAGGGGUUGUCAGUUUCAUCUCAAGGGGACGGAGAAUCUAUUUAGCUCCUCCUCCUGGAUGGACUCAGUAUGAUACCACCUGGAGCUGAUAAUCCGGAAGAAAGCCUACAGAAAGCCUUUUUGCAAAUGUCAGUUGGGGAAAGCAUUCCAGACCAAAGAUCAAUCUUUGAUUGAAUUAUAUGUUCUCUUACUCACGUUUUUUGUCCUUGAUAAGGCAGAAUUGAUUGUCCCUCUUCCUGGUGUAGGGGUCAUUGCCAAUGCCACUCAGGUCUUUUUCACUAUUCCCAAACAUUUCUUACAAGUGUAGGACACCCUAAACAGUUUGUUAGACAGAACUGCUGUUAUUCAUCAGAAGUCUAUUUUUAUAUUAUGCUAAUCAUGCACAUACAUUAAUGCAUUCAAUGCAGUUACCUAGUUUGCCGAUUUUGUUUAAAUUAUUUGCAGUUUCUGAUCCUACAUGGACUGUUUGUCUGAUGCAAAUAUAACAACACUCUGUGGUAUGGUUACUUAUGGUGGUGGUGACUGGUCAUAACUGCAGUAUAAACUGUCAUUUGAUUCACAUUGUCUUCUAUGAAAAUCAGUUCUUCCUGCUUACAUUUUAAUGUAAAAUAAUAUUGUUUAAUGAUUCUCCAGUGUAAUAGGCUUUGCAGGUUUAUGACCUUGCAAAUAACAUUUGUGUGUUUGUAUUUUUGGAAUAAAAAAAAUACUUGACUUACCUUU